CUCAAACUUGACAGUGCGACAAGUUAAAGGCAGUUUUUUACUGUCUUUUUAAAAAUAGCCCGCGCCGGCGGCCGCACCCCUUCCUCGCGCCCGCUCGCUAAAGCGCCAGCGGAACACAAGAAGCGUGUCCGACAAAAGCACGGGGGGAGGCAAGCCCGCGGGGUACAAGACGCGCCCGAUUGGUCAAGCCAGGACACGGACUUUCUUCUUUGAUUGGCCAGGCUGCCGCAACAUUCAUCACGUGGUGUCCCCUUCGGACGGCACGUGCUCUGCGAGCGUUCUCCUCUGUCGCCUAGCAACGACGAUGGACCGGGAGGUCGAAGGCCGAGAGUAUUUGGCUCGGCAUAAAAUCCCGGACCUUUUACACACCUUGAGCGCACUGUUGCUCUUUCACCGCCCAGAAAGACCAAGAGAGUUCUUGAUAAAAAUUCUGGAGAAAGUAAAGGUUGCAAGACUGACUGGUGUGGAUUUUCCCAAUCUUAUGGAUGAAUCUAACCUGGAUUCAAUGUUUGAGAUGCUAGAUGUUCCAGGUGAAGGCUACAUAAACGUAAAACAAUACAAAGGAGCACUUGAAUCAUUGGGACUGAGCAGUAAAGAUGAACCUUAUGGAGAAACUGACUUAAUUACACAAAGUGUCUUCAAGGAAAAUGUGAUGAAAAAGUAUGCUGAAAUGUGGGCAGCAUUUUAAUUGCGAGUCUUCUGAUCUAACACUGAAUGUACUUUUACUUUUUGAAAAACAAAUAAUUUCAUUUUUAUCAGUCUUAACUGGAUAUAUCAACUCUACCAUUAUACAAGAUAAUAAAUUUCAUCUUUCCUUUACAAAUAUUGUACUGAAAUACUUUGAAAAAACCCUCAAAUAAAUGAAGGUAAUCUCAUAGUCAAAAAUAAGAAGUUUGAUUUCAGUGGGGGUUUGUUUGUUUUUUUGUUCAGCCCUGUGAUUCAUGUAGGCUUAAUGACAUGUUAUUUUGUUACACAUCAGUACUGCCAGAGAGAAUAUGUUUCUAUGAUUACCAACUCAAAAAAAAAGUUCUGUGACUUUAUACUUCCAUA